UCUCGCUUGGACAUCGGUGAUGUCAAGUGUGAAAUAACACCUCUGCAAUGCUAAAAGUUGGAGCCCUGCCAGAUCACGUCGCUUUUCCUGCACUCAAUGCCUUUCUCCGAUCCGCUGCAGCUUCACGCCUAGCCUUCCUCCUACGCUCUGUGAGAGCGAAAAGGCUCCUCGACUGUCUUCGCCUCACGUGUCACCAGUCUUCCUCAUCUUCACCGAUCCUCAUCUCAAAUCCUUUCCCUCCACUCGCAACGUCACCAGUGUCCCGUCACCAAAAGCGUCGUUUAUCGCAACAAGAAGCGUCGGCUUCAUUCUCACUUUGCGUCAUCAUCUUCGGGAUCAUCCGCUUGAUAGGCAACCUUCUAACCCCCUCAGCCCUCCAAAAUCGAACAGACUUUUGUCUAAUGUGUACACUUAAUGUUGACUUUUCGAGCUACUUAGGCAUCACUCUCUUUUUGGGCGACUCAUCGGAUCAAGGACUCUUGCUCUCCCCCAUUUCCAGAAUCUACUUUAUCGGCACGGAUAUCUCAUCCGCGCGCCCUCCUCGAAGGGUCGUGAGUCAAUCCUUUCAGAACGCAUCGAGACCUGAUCCAACUGCCGACACUCUUUUGAGCUCGUUCAUCAGAGAAUGCGAAUUGCAUUUCAUCCCUGUUCAUGCGCCAUCUGUGAUGCCGAGUCCAUGUGAGGUUGUGAGGUGCUUGUUGGCGUCUUCCAGACAUUCGGGCUAAUUGGUUGCCUCGAGUGAC